AUUUUCGAAGAUAAUGAUGCGUUCUUACAACUCAACUGGCAUAUGUAGUCGACCCACAAACAGAAGCUUUCAUCCUUCCCCCAAGGAUAAGAAGAAAAAUUUUGCAUCAUUUUUUAUAUUUGUGGGGUUUUAUAAAAUGGCUGCAUCAGCUAUAAGCUCUGGUGCAUUGGUGAUGUUAGAAGAAUUGAAUCCUUCUUCAACACAGUUCAAGCAAGGGGCGUCGAUUCGAGUAACUGGAAAGCUCCAGGAGUUUAAUGUGGAAGAAGCAGUGGCUGUCCUUGCUGAUGGAAGUGCUACCUUGAGAGUUGAUACACAGCACUUGAACCUCAGUCUUCGGAUGGGUUCUAUCUAUCAAUUCAUUGGAGAACUACAGAUCGAUGCCAGCAAUGAGGUAAAAGAGUUGCAUUAUAUUUGCGAUAAAGUUGACCAUGCACAUAGCUCAAGAAUGCACUAGCCUCUUUUAUUAGCU